AUGAGUCAAGGCAUCAAUCGCAGAUUCGAUUAUGCUCUUCAGGAGAAUGAAAACCGAGAAAACUAUGAAAACGUUGCUAAACUUACUGAAUAUGGAACUAAUUGGUUUCCAAUUUGUGGAGUCAGCGCUGUUUGUUUUCCUGAACAACAAGUUCCCAUGAAAUUUAAUGAAGAUGAGCGAGAAGUUUAUGACAGAAUAAUUGAGAGUGCUCGAGCAAAUGGCUUCGUUGUUUUGUUCCCUUCUGAUAUCAGAGAGUGUCGUAGUCUUCCUUACGUGGCAACAUUAUCAAAAGUGGUUCAAGCCAAUUCGCAGAUUUUAAGCAUGGAGCUCAUGGGAGUUCAUCGAUGUAAAGUUCUUGAACACAAUUUACAAAAUGGAGAGGCACUUGUCCAACUGCUACCAGAAGUAGAAAUUCCAUCGCUGCUCUCUAAUCAUGUUCCAAGAUACGCGAAGAAUUAUCCAAUCACAGAACAACGCUCUUUGGCCUCUCGUUUAACAGGAUAUCCAUUUGAUUCUAUUCGAGAUGUCACCAACAACCUUAUCGAACAAUGUUGUUACGAAUUGCGAGAAAUGGUCGGAGAAAGCGCUGUAAAUCAAGCUAAAGCAAAAGGACUCGCCUCUUUCAGCUAUUAUGUUUCGCAGAAAAUUUUCUCCAAUCGAAAAACUGAAUACAGUCUCCUAAAAGAAGAUUCUGCAAACACACGGAUCGCCGCAGCUCUCAAAUAUUGUAAAAUUUCAAUUGGAAAGUGUGCCAGAUGCAACACUCGUAUUUUCCGAAAUCAACAUAUUAUGCGGCUCUCAGAACAGACAAUGACACAUGUAAAUGCUCACGGCUUCGUUCACAGAAUCACCCUACUGUCGGAAAUAAAAAACUACGGACGGGCUAGUCUUCCAUCAUACGAGUACACAUGGUUUCCUGAUUACGCGUGGAUGAUUAUUCAAUGUAUUCGUUGUCACCAACAUAUAGGUUGGGAAUAUAUCAGUAUGACUCGUGCACCACAUCGCUUCUACGGAAUUCAACGCGAAGGAAUUCGAUUUCAAAACGAUGAAGAAGACGAAGAAGAGAUUGAUGAAGAAGACCAUCGAAACAACCAGGAACAGAUUGAAGAAUCAGAUGAUCAUGUGGAUGAAGAAGAAAACGUAGACAGUGAUUCAGCUCAAAGUUUGGACGACUAA